GCGCUUUACGGCGCUCCUGCCGUGUUGCGCGGCGCUGCUGGACCUGGCGGCCGUGUUGGCUGGAGCGCAGCGGUCCACACAGACGUUCUGUGGCGGUGGGCUCGCGCUGGGAUGACCGCGCGGUGCCCGGCCGCGGAGCGGAGUCAUGGCCAGUACAGUGGUAGCAGUAGGACUGACCAUUGCUGCUGCAGGAUUUGCAGGCCGUUAUGUUUUACAAGCCAUGAAGCAUGUGGAGCCUCAAGUAAAACAAGUUUUUCAAAGCCUACCAAAAUCUGCCUUCAGUGGUGGGUACUAUAGAGGUGGGUUUGAACCCAAAAUGACAAAACGGGAGGCAGCAUUAAUACUAGGUGUAAGCCCUACUGCCAAUAGAGGAAAGAUCAGGGAUGCUCAUCGACGGAUUAUGCUCUUAAACCACCCAGACAAGGUGCAGACCUCAGUGACACCUGGAGGAAUGCAUCUACUUCAAGACGUUGCUGCAGACAUUGUCCAAUGGAAAUGUGUGCCAACAGUUCUUAGACCCUUUCACCUACUCCUACAUAGAAUGAAAACUUUGAUGUAGCUGUGAUUCCAAAGCUAAGCAGCACUUAGUUCUGUUCCUUGCCACAAACAAAAGGAGCCAGUUAAGUAACUUGUUUUAUAGUUCUUAUGGAAUACAGCCCCUUAAAUUUUAAUAGAAAUUGAAAUUUCAAGGAAAAACUAUAGACAAUUUUGUGGCAUAAUCAGCACCCUGGAAUUCAAUUGACACCACUGUAGUGUUUAAGCACAGGGAAGACCACUCAACGGAUAAUUUAUAUACAACUAAGAGCAGCUAGAAAUUCUAUGAAAAGGAAAAACUACUAUCAACUUUGUGUGGGGGCUGUCUCCCUUGCUGGGGCACGAAGAAACUGUGAGGGACUGGAAAUAAAGGAAUUUGAUAAGAGGAAACACAAUGGUUCCAAAGAAGAGUGAAGACAGGAUCAGAUAUAGUAUGCAAUAGCACAUUACUGUCAAAUGAUCAAAACUCCAAAUUAGCCAUUUCAGUGAAUUCCAUUCAAAUUCAUCUAACUUAGAAGAAAUCCUGUUCUGAUAUUUUUAUGUCUGUAUACUUAACUAUGAUCACUGGAGCUUAAAUUACGUUGAAAUGUAGUCCAGGUUAAUAAGCCCAUACUGAUAGCCUGGAUUUUAUUUACAAAGUAGGGCUAGAAAAUAUUCACUGCUGUGCCACCUUCAAAACUGAAAUUCAUAACCUCUUCAACUAAAACACAGUUCUAACAUUAAGGGAAAGAAGAAAUAUAAAAGGAAAACAAAUUCUUCCAUAGUGUUUGAUUCUUUUUUACAUGUCCAUCUAUCUUUAAAACAUGAACUCUUCAGAACGGGAAUUAAUGCCCUUACCUAGCCUUCCCAAAUGUCUCUGUAACCUCUAUACUCAAAAUAAAGAUUUACAGUUUACAUUAUUUGGGGGGAAACACAUGAAAAUACAUGUUUUGGAAAGAAUGCAAAAAUUGAUUGGUUUGAAAGGGGUUUAUUUCUACUGCACACAAUUUCUUCAUGGUGAAUAUACAGUGAUUCUCUGUACAAUAAGAAAUGGAUUGUGUUCAAAAUAUAGACAUAGCAAACAUGUUUCUUUCCAGUUACCAAAACUUGUGACAACAUAAAAUAUUGAAUGAAACUAAGUAAAUACUA